CCCACAGGAGGGGGGAGGAGCCCCCUCAGAGAGGAGAGUGAAAAGCUCUUUAACAGGAAACCUUCAGCAAGAAGGCAGAGCAGCUUUCCUACAGCUCAUUUGCUACUGACAAAAAAAUCCACGACUUGACAGAACGAUGGCGAACUCUUUCACACGCCUGCUCUCCAGCCGCAACACGGCGGUGCUGCUGGCCAGUUUGGGUGCGGGAACCAUGGCGACCGGCUUCCUGUUGAGCGAAAACGGCUCGCUGGCUGCUGACGCCAAGACGAAGCUCUAUCCUCCCAGCGCGGACUUCCCCGACCUGAGGAAACACAACAACUGCAUGGCCUCGGCUCUGACUCCCGCCAUCUACGCCAAGCUGAGGGACAAGCUCACCCCCAACAGCUGGACCCUGGACCAGUGCAUCCAGACCGGAGUGGACAACCCCGGACACCCGUUCAUCAAGACGGUGGGCUGCGUGGCCGGAGACGAGGAGAGCUACGAGGUGUUCGCUGACCUCUUUGACCCCGUCAUCAAAGACCGGCACAACGGCUACGACCCCAGAACCAUGAAGCACCCCACUGACCUGGACGCCUCCAAGAUCACCCACGGCAUGUUUGACGAGAACUACGUCCUGUCGUCCCGUGUCAGGACCGGACGCAGCAUCCGCGGGCUGAGCCUCCCUCCCGCCUGCUCGAGGGCGGAGCGCCGCGAGGUGGAGCGGGUGGUGGUGACGGCCCUCGCCGGCCUGAAGGGAGACCUGGCCGGACAUUACUACAGCCUGGGAGACAUGACGGAGAAGGAGCAGCAGCAGCUCAUUGAUGACCACUUCUUGUUUGACAAGCCCGUCUCUCCGUUGUUGACAUGUGCCUUUAUGGCCCGAGACUGGCCAGACGCCAGAGGGAUCUGGCACAACAACGAGAAGACCUUCCUGAUCUGGGUGAACGAGGAGGACCACACCAGAGUCAUCUCCAUGGAGAAGGGCGGCAACAUGAAGCGAGUGUUUGAGAGGUUCUGCAGAGGACUCAAACAGGUGGAGCACCUGAUCCAGGAGAGAGGCUGGGAGUUCAUGUGGAACGAGCGUCUGGGUUACGUCCUCACAUGUCCCUCCAACCUGGGCACCGGCCUGCGGGCGGGCGUGCACGUGCGCCUGCCAAAACUCAGCCAGGACCCGCGCUUCUCCAAAAUCCUCGACAACCUGCGGCUGCAGAAAAGAGGCACAGGAGGAGUGGACACGGCUGCUACUGGAGACACCUUUGACAUUUCCAACAACGACCGUCUGGGCAAAUCUGAGGUCGAGCUGGUGCAGCUUUUGGUCGACGGAGUCAACUACCUGAUCGAGUGUGAGAAGAAGCUGGAGAAAGGACAGGACAUCAAAGUCCCGGCUCCCAUCGCUCAGUUCAGGAAGUAAAAGCUGGACUCAUGGUAUGAUCAGUGUUAACAGGAGGGCGGCUCUCUGCUUGGCGCUCACCCCUGACCCUCAGAACGACGUCUGUCCACAGCGACAGAGGAGGCGCUUUCUUUAAACCUCCUCUAAACGUCUGCAAAUCUUUAGGGAAACCUAAUCUUAGACAUGAACCGCAGUUCGGGGGAAAUCUACCUCAAGUUUAAGGUCUUCACUGUAACCCCUGACUCCAAUAAACCAACUCGAUUCAA